UGAAACGUUGCCGGACCGUUCGUUCAUCCAAGCGGGUUCACUUCUCGAUCGGUGCCACGGAUGGAACAAGGAGGAGCAGUCGAAACUGUGUCGCCCACUCGCGUCGAGUGCUCUCCUGGCGAACGGCGCGUCGUGAACAUGCUCUUCGCCUUGAUUGGCGUCGGAUACCUCUUUCCCUUCUCGGCCCUGACGCAGCCUGUGGACUACUGGACGUUCCUGUUCCCGGACUUCAACAUUGAGUUCUCCAUCACGUGCGUGUUCAUGUACACAAAUUUGGUAGCGCUGGCGUUGAUUGUGUCGUUCGGAUCGACCCCGUGGUUCACGGGUCGUGUCGUCGGGGGAUUUGCCGGUCAGCUUGUCGUCCUUGUGUUCGUGCCAGCUGUGUACUCGUUCGUCACUGGCGAGACCGCCCACAUUUGGUCCAUUCUCGGUGCCACGGGGUUUGCCGCCAUUGUCACGGCCUUACUCGACAGCUGCGUCAUCGCUCUCGCGUCCAAGUAUCCACUGCAUGCGCAGGAAUCGCUUCAGUUUGGCAUUGGGUUGAGCACGUUGAUUGGGAGCAUCUACCGCGACGUGACCAAGUUGGCGUUCCCGCCGGACGCUGUCGUCGCAAGCAGUUCGUUGUACUUUUACACGGGGGCGGUCACGGUUGGGCUCUGCAUUGGCGCGUACGUGUGGCUCCUGCGGCUUCCGCUGUCCAAGAAGGCAAUGAUAUCGGGCCGUGCGGCCGCCGGCAAGACCGAGUCGCUUCCUUUGAUCACAAAGCGAGACGUCCAAGAAGCAUUUCCGAACCGAUGGAUGAUCCUGCGCAAGUGCUUGUCCAACCAAGUGCAAGUAUCGCUUCUGUUCAUGACAACACUAGCGCUAUGGCCGCCGCUCGUGACUGAAAUGAAAAGCCACAACUUCCCCGCGUUGCAAGCGUCGAGGUGGUGGCCAUUGAUCCUUCUCACGGUGUUUUCCGUGUCCGAUUGUGUUGGCCGCCUUCUCGUCCCGUACCGCUGUGGCCUGACCAAGGACACGGUGUGGAAGCCCGUGGUCGGUCGCAUGCUCCUUGGCCCGUGCAUCGUCCUGUCUGUCCAGGGGGUGUGCUUCACCCACGAUGCGUUCUCGAUCGCGUUUGUGCUCGCGCUGGGCGCGACCAACGGGUACCACGGAUCGCUUGCGAUUCUGUUUGUCAACGAUUGCAUCGACGACGACGAGAAAGCUAUUGCUGGGUCGUUCACGGGGUUCUUUCUCAACUUUGGCCUCGUGAUUGGGUCGACCCUUGGCCUGGCGCUAUCUCAGUUUGUCCAUGCUGCGUAACAUAGGUAUGUAUGGUGGAAUUUACGGGCUUGCUCAACCACCGGCAUACUGCGACACGAUGG